GCGCAAGUGGCCAAGUGGCUUUAUAGUUUAUUGAAUGAAACAUCCGCAACUGUAUUACGUUGCGUUCGGCAGUAAUAUUUCACAAGUCGUGCGUGCCACAUGACUAAGCUAGCAACCGACCGAUAAGUUUUCAUUUAACCGGGCGAAACACACCACCAAAGCAGUUUGCAACGGAAAUGCCUUUCUCAAGUGCACGCAGAGCAUUUUCACAGUGGUUUUUUUGGUUGCUACUACUGUUGGGCGCGUACGAGACAGAGUUGGCUUCAGUGCCGCAGGUGCAAUUGCAUGAGCAAAAAAUCUCGCAAGCCAACAACACCGACUAUGUGCGUGAUGUAAUGCGUCAGGCCAAAUCGGCUGAAAUGCGCAACUACAUGCAAGCGGAGGCGGACGCGUGUGACGACUUCUUUAAGUAUGCUUGUGGCACUUGGGAAAAAAUCAAUCCGACAGAUGUGCACAAUGUGCUGGAGACAAACUUUUUCGCACUGCUACUUAGCACCUACAAUCAAAAACAGUUGAAAGUGUUGUUGGAGGUGCCACAAAGGCACGACGAUGAAGUUACAGCGAAGGUAAAGACGUUCUUUGGCGCUUGUCGGCAGUUCGUGGACAAGCCGAAUGAACGCUACAAAUUGGAGUUAUGGGAGAUUGCUGAAGAGUUUGGACAGAUGCCAGCGCUCAUGCCGGAAGGCACAUGGGAGGCAAGCGAAUUCGAUUGGUCGGCGACAAUUGGCCGCAUACAAAAUAAAUACGGACUGGACGUAAUACUGCAGCUGAGUAUGCGAGAGGACUUUGUGAAUAACAGUGUGCAUAAAUUAUUCAUUGGUCAGCCAGCGUUGGCGUUACAAAGUAGAGCCAUGUACAAAAGUCCGGCAACAAAAUGGUAUCGCGACAAAUAUGAAAAGGAGAUAGAGCAAGCUUUGCAGCGUUAUUUGGGUAUUAACGAAGCGGUGGCAAAGCAGACGGCGCGUGAAAUUCUUUACUUCGAAUCGAGAUUGGCCGAUGGCAUGCUGGACAAACAGUUGGGUAAAACGCUAAAAUCCAUGGCUGUGCUGAGAACUGUCGACGAAAUGCAAGCGGCAUAUGAGGGCGUCAUAGAUGUGCGUGCGUAUUUGAACAUCAGUUUGGGGCAAGAAUUCAACGAGACAUUCUACGAGUAUCAUGUGGAAUACCAAAGGAAUCUGGUGCAGAUGCUCAAAGAGAUACCCAAAGCGCAAGUAGCAAACUAUAUCUUGUACCAAUUACUUAAGACAUUCUUUUUCGAUUAUAACGCAACGAAUGGCGUCAAGGAGAAGCUGUGCUUGGACAAAACAAAACUAUAUUUCUCCAAAGUGCUGGACAACAUCAUCUUUCGCAAAUACAACAAUGAGAAAACAAUAGCGGAUAUUAACGGCAUCUGGCUGAAAAUCAAAGAGAUUUUCAAAGAAGAACUAGAAACUGAUAGCUUAAAUUGGAUAUCGGCAAUAACACGAAAAGUGGCACUAGAUAAGUUAGACGCCAUGCGAUUAGACAUCAACACACAUGAAAUAUCAGAAUUCACAGAGGAAUUCGCCAAUUUGACGCUUAGCCAAACGGACUACAUCGGGAAUUUGAAGAAAGUGCUCGCUCACAAAACCAAACACACCUGGACCGUGUUUCGACACACAAGCGAACCACUGGAAAUGCCCACCGCGCUCUCACUCUCGCCCACCUACAGCACUAAAGAGAAUUUAAUAAGGAUUCCCGUUAUGCUGUUACAGCCAUACUUUCUCUGGUCCGACUAUUAUCCGAAUGCGCUUAAAUUUGGCACGCUCGGCUAUUUGGUGGCGCAUGAACUCAUACAUGGCUUUGACGAUGUGGGCCGCAACUUCGAUGCUACCGGCAAUGAGCAAUCGUGGUGGGACAACAAUUCAACAGAAGCUUUUGCGGAGCGCAAAAAGUGUUUCAAACGUCAAUAUUCGCUCUUUCGCUACAAUGGCAAAUAUCUGCCACAAAGCGAACUGCAAGCAGAAAAUAUCGCCGACAAUGGUGGCAUACAACUGGCCUACAAGGCUUACCAGAAGUGGCUCACAGGCCUGAACGAGUCCACAAGCGAGGAGCACGAGCAGCUGUUGGCGUUGGAAACACUACCAAGUUUGAGCUUAACAAAUCAUCAGCUAUUUUUUCUCGCUUUUGCACAGUAUUGGUGUAAUGAUGUUGACGCCUUCUAUAGGGACAAAGUUUCUUUGCUAAGCACACAUGCGCCGGCGAAAUAUCGUGUGAUUGGCUCUUUGGCGAAUUUCCCAACUUUCGCCGAGGAGUUUCAGUGCGCCAGUGGUACUACAAUGAAUCCGAAGCAGAAGUGUAAAAUUUAUUAAAAAUGCAUUCACACGCUGGCUGUCCUUAAGUGCCUGAGUAUAUGCGGAGAACGAGCGACAUACAUGCGUACAGGGUGGCGCAAAACUAAUCAUCCAAUUUGUUUUUGAAUAACUUUUUAGUAAAUAAAAAGAAAUGAGGUUGAGUGAUGGAAAUCUUUAUUUUGACCUUUGCGCGCUCGAUCGCUUCGAUCGUCUGUUUGUAAGCUGCAGCUGUCUUAUUCUUAAGUGUCAAAUUCGAUUGAUGAACGACUCCAUUUGUAAAAAUUAUAUAUAGGGUAAUUAAUUUUGCGCCGCCUUGUGCAUACUGGUUGCGAACAUAACUGAGCAUGUGAUGAUUUUUUUACAUUUAAAAUGGUUUUCGAGUUAUAAUUUUUUUUA